CAGGGAUGACAACACAGGUGCCGCACGAGGCUUUCCUGUACAGCCGAACCCCCAACCCAUUGGAGUUCCAUGUGCAGACCGACCCAGAGAAGGAAGGACUAUACGGGACACCUCGAGCCUCAGGACACCCCCAGGUACCCCAAGUGGGUACGCCAAAGGAAAUAAUCGAAACCCUACUUUGGGAUAACUAAAAAGUGACUCAUUCGGCGCAGGCGGAGCCCGAAACUCCACAGGGCUGGCAGCAGGCGGGGCAUUCCCACCACCACGUGACUCACGAACGACGCUCGGCCCAACAGCCCGCGUCCUUCGGGUCAGGAGCACGUCGUUUGCAUCUUCGUGCAAGCGCAUUGCUCCCGACGGUGCGGUCUCCUCAGGCAUGCUGUCACUGCUGCGUCGACCCGCAUUACAAAAGGGGCCUCCAGCGCCGCACGCACCGCGGGCAGCACAUUCUAGAUCCCAAAAGUGGCAAACUCGGUUUCCUCAAUUGUGCCUUCCACCGCCCCUCCAGACAUACGCAACUGCACGAAAGUACGAGGCCUCUCCUCGUCCAGCAGGACAAUCACCGAUCCACCGAAUCCGUUGGAUCCAACUUCGCAUGCGUCCCCUAUCGCCUCAGUGACAAUCCGCCGAACCGCCCCCAUGACGAAGAACACUCGGCGCCCUUGGGGACUGAUGUCCCUUUUUGCAACGCAACAUGUACACAGAGCCCUCCACGAUCGGGCUCGGGAAGGUGAUGUUGCCUUUCGAUUUAAACAUGUUGAGAAAAUCAGUGCACUUAACCGCCGUCGGGGAUUCAGACGUCGCCUUCUUUGACAUGUCGAAGGCUUUGAUAAUCGGAAGUGAAAGGGUGAGAUUGAAGUGGAACGGAGAAGCCCCGUACCGCGAAAUCGGAUUCGGUUUCGUGAUCGUGCGUGCCGCGCGUGCGGGCGAGGCAUUGAUAGUGAAACCGAUCGAGUGAGACGUUGGUCCCCUCCCCGAGCCUCCUUAUCACCCGGAGGGUGGUCGUAUAGGUAAUGUUGGCACGUUCAGCUUCGGGUGCACAUUGAUCUCUGACCAUCUCCGCCGCGCGCCUCAACGCCCGCCCUAUCCAGGGCACUUCAAAACCCACUAGAAUCAGUCUGCAGGCUCCUUCCUGCAACCCUGCCCCUGCCGUAUCAGCACCGCCUCCACCUCCACCGCGCCGAUAAGAAGACUGCCCCAUAUGCUGGAUCCUCUUCUCGAUGCUCUCCGCCUUUUCCUUUCCACCACCAGGCUCGACUGAUAGCUGAAAUUCAUCUUCUGGUCCAUGGCCACGCUCACCGCUUGUUGUACUGCAUCGUUGAGUGUUCCCUGCUGCGCCUGCUCCAGACCAUUCACUCGUCCAAACAGGUGCUGAAGAUGCUGUUCCUGUGCGUCUAUGCUGGCCUUCAUGGCGCCCAGCUUAGCUGACAUACUUGCUUCCAUGUGGUCGAGUUUAGCGUUGCUGGCAUUGAUGUCCGGAGUGAGACCCUGCAUCCACGCCGGCGCCGUGGAGGGGGCCCGACAAUCUCGAUCGCUCCGACUCCGAUACUGAACCCCGAACGAGGAGGAGUCGACGAUGAGCCUCGAUUCCGCUGCCGUGGACGUGAUUGACUGCGGCUGUCCUCACGGCCUUCAGCCCGACGAUACUGUCGCUUCCCCACUCCUAGUGCGAAAGUGUUCUGGAUCACCUCGAGACGAAAUGUCCGAGAGGCGAAUGGCCGAAAAGAUCUGCCAGCGGGCGGGCCGUGGCUGAUCCUCGUGAGCUGGCUGGGCCGUGACUCUGAAAACGUUCGAACCGCCCCGUCGGCUCUGUCCAAGCUGGAACCCCCAGGACAACGUCUCCAACUUGAACCAAAAUGGCU